AGCUGAGUGGGAGUGGCGCGGAACUGCAGCGGUUCCUGAAAACCUGAGUGGCGGCAAGCCGGGUCUGCGAGCUAAUAUUUUUAAAAUGACCACACCAAACAAGACACCUCCCGGUGCUGACCCUAAGCAGUUGGAAAGGACUGGAACAGUACGGGAAAUUGGGUCACAAGCUGUUUGGUCACUCUCGUCUUGCAAACCAGGAUUUGGAGUGGAUCAAUUACGAGAUGACAAUCUAGAAACUUAUUGGCAGUCAGAUGGCUCCCAGCCUCAUUUAGUGAACAUCCAAUUCAGAAGAAAAACAACAGUGAAGACAUUAUGUAUUUAUGCGGACUACAAAUCUGAUGAAAGCUAUACUCCAAGCAAGAUCUCAGUCAGAGUAGGAAAUAAUUUUCACAAUCUUCAAGAAAUUCGGCAACUUGAAUUGGUGGAACCAAGUGGCUGGAUUCACGUUCCUUUAACUGAUAAUCAUAAGAAGCCAACUCGCACAUUCAUGAUACAGAUUGCUGUUCUAGCCAAUCAUCAGAAUGGAAGAGAUACCCACAUGAGACAAAUUAAAAUAUACACACCCGUGGAAGAGAGCUCCAUUGGUAAAUUUCCUAGAUGUACAACUAUUGAUUUCAUGAUGUAUCGCUCCAUAAGGUGACCUUGAAAUAGAACAAAAGUCAUUAAACAUAUCUUUAUCUUGUCAGUAAAGAUUAAAUCUGGUAUCUUUAUUGAAAAAUGGAUCAAUUAUUUUGCAAUUUUUUAUGCAUUGAAAAGUAUUUUAUUGUAACUUUAAUAAAUAACUUUUGGGUCAUACUAUGUUUAUUUUCUUUAACAUAUAAUAAAGCUCACAUAUUUUAUAAUUAUUAAAAUGAAUUUGAGCCAAUCAUUAAAUUUUUCCUUAUAUCAAAAGAAAACCAGUUGAACUGAAAAUUUUUAAGGUACACACAAUUUUUUACUAACUAGGUAAUUAUUUCAUAUAGUGAUCAUGCAUUACAGUAAUGAUUUACUGCGUGUUUGGGAACAAAACUAUGUUUUACCAAUAGAUAUUAUCUUUAAUAGGCCAGAAUUAUUAUUUUUUUCUAUCCAGAGGAAGCUUCUUCUAUUCAUACUAGGUCUUUUUAAAAACUGUGUCAUAAUAAGCUUAGCAUUCAGUGUGUGAUGAGAACCAUUCUGAUUUGGGGAAUGUAAUUAAUUGUGUCAUAAUUACUGUACUCCCAUGAAAUACUUUUAACCCUAGAGUUGUCUAUAUCCUGAUAUUAUGUCAGCAAUUGCCAAUAUAAUCUGCUGUUUAUUCUAAUUCUAAUGCUGUUUAUAGAAUAGUUAGUUUCAAAUUUGUGUCUGACACUGAAGCAUUCCCUAAGGGAUAAUGUAGCUCACGAAAAUUUUAAAAAUAUAUGAAAUUGUUCUUUACAUAUAAAAAUAUUUUAAAGUCCCUUAAAUGAGGUUUCUUUCCAUGGUUUAACAUGAGUCGAUUUGAUUCUGUAUAUCUCCCCCCAGCACCACCGGCUACCCCAUAUCCUUACUUUGGGGGAGACAGAACUUCUCCAUAUUGGCUCUUUUUUUUUUCUUUUUGUGGUUGUGCCACAUGGCUUGUGGGAAUCUUACUUCUCCGACUAGGGAUCGAACCCGAGCCCUUGGCAGUGAGAGCAUGGAGUCCUAACCACUGGACUGCCAGGGAAUUCCCACCAUAUAUUGGCUCUUGUUUGGGAAAGAUUCCUCAGAGGUUCUUGCAUUACUGGGUAGACUGAAGUCUUAAAUUAGCAAAGUUUAGGAAAUACUUAUGUGUUUGAUUUAUUCUGGCAGAGUACUAAUUUACAUGGAUGCUAUAAAAAAUGAAGGUUUC